GGGAAGAAGUCUAGACUCCAAAAAUGGCGACCAGAAUAUCGAAUAUGGUGGUCUAAAAUCCAGUAUAAUGGCUCAAAAUUCAAGAUGAGUCUAAAACCAUGCAAUAUAAAUAUAUAUGGUAUGGGUAAGAUGUCCGGAAUCCAAACAUGGCGACCAACUAAGUUUUUGGUUAGCCUAGUCCACUGGAACUGGAGAUUUGCAUCGUCAAAGUUACGAGGGUAAUGAUGAUGAAAGAGACGAAAGAUAGUAAAAUUUACACGGUGUCCCGUAUCACCUUAAUGGUACUGUGAGCCUUCCACUUAGGGCCUGUCCAUAAACUACGGAGAUUCUGAGGGGGGGGGGGGGGGGGUCCCUGGUCGAAGGCUACGCUUCAUACGAAUUUCGAAAAUUUGUAUGAACAAAAGCCUACGAGGAGGGAAAAAGGGGGUCUGAGAUGACCAAAAAAAAGUCUACGUAGCUUAUGGACAGCGCCUUAUUCAAAUUGAACUACAAAUACGUACAUACAAAGCUUGGUAAAGUUAGUCUUCACGCUUGAUAAUGAUAGAGAAUUGCAAAUGUAAAAUAUAAUCAGUUCCAUUUUGAUGUUUCAUUAAGCCUCUUCAUCCAACCAACGCCAGUCACAUAAGUUCCACUUUCCACCAGUGAGCGCUUUUUGAUUUACUGCUAAUGAAAAAUUCCUUCGUUGACGAUGAAAGAAGCGUUGACGGAAAAAGUUUAUUCAUAUCAUUCUCAUUUUCUCUCUCUCUAUCCCAUCUCGUUACAGAUACCUACUCAACCGGGGUCGGAAGUGGAGCGGAAGGCAUUUUGAGGAAAUUAUUUCACUCAACAAAGAACCGAACCCGGUGCCCUAGUUGUUCCUAAUGGUCGUCGUCGCUCGUCGUCUCACGUUCCAGUAAAUCAUUUCGGGACAAUAACCUUCUUCGCUCCGUGAGUUGUUUCGUACUUUCGUUCGUUUCCCGAUCCCGUCGUCGUCAUUUUUUCUGCCCAGCGGCUAUCCAAAUAACAUCGUGCGGAUAAGGUCGACGAAAUUUACGGUGGAGGGGGUUGAAUAAUAUUUCACUUUCGGGGUGAUCUGUUGAAUUGUGGACGCGGUGAAGAGGACGAGAGGGGACGAAAAAAGGAAGAAUCUUGGAAGGAUCUUUUCUGCUUGUGAAAUAGCCGAUGGGACAAAACGGCUCGUGAAAAAGAAAGAAGAAAGUGAAAGUGAGUGAAAAACAAAUCUCCCAAACUGAUAGCUUUUCGUUACAGCUUAAUAUUUUGAAGGGGAAGCAUAUUUUCUAUCGUGUGUAAGAAGUGAAAAGGGUAAAACACGUGAGGAGUGUCUUUUGCAAGGCCGAGACGAAGCCAAAUUUAAAUUGUUUCUGCCAGGCGGAAAAUGUUCGGCUCCAAACUACGAUCAUGGAUGGAAAAUCACAUCGUGCGUCCGAGGAAAAAAGGAAACAAGAAUAAGAGUGGAAAUAGCAGCAGCAACUUCGGUAUUUUGACCGCACAAAAUGGACACGCCAAGGGAGCAUCGUACCAAGCCGAGGGUAGCACCACUAUCGGAAGCCCUGCACGAAGAAGCGAAGUCUCGCCCAUCCAGAGUCACACUACAAGCCGCCGUGGUUGGCAAUCGCCCAGUCAGGACAACGUACCACCGCUGUCACCAAAAUCCGAUGAUUAUCACCACUAUCAACUGCAGCAGCACUGUAUCCGUAGCCCCCCUCCGGUGGCUAUUUACGGCAAUGGAACGUUACCACCCGGUGCGGGAAAUCAGUACACGCUAAAUCCGUACAGCUGCAGUAGCAGUUCCAACGUCAACGGAUACGUAUCGUACCAUCAAUCUCAGUCCGGUCAGCAGCAGUGCUCUAUAUCUUCGCCGAAAAGUAUUCUGAGGAACGGGCUCAGCACGUUUGAACCCGGUUACGCUGCCAGCAGUAGUGGAAACUAUUCCAAAAGCGUCGACAGCAACUACUCGGACACGAUGUACGGGAUGAAGGAGGAAAGCUUUCGAAAGUCUGGACCGCCCGGUGGAGGUGGUGGUGGCGGAGUGAUGACGAGCAACGGAAGCUAUGGCAAUGUGAUGGUAAAUUCGUUAAACUAUUCCACGGCGACCAGUUCCAGUAACGAGCUGUUGGAGGAUUUGCAUCACAUCGAACAGAACAGGAUGAAACGGGGACAGCACAUCAAAAUCAGCUCUAGUUCGUCCUCUUCGAUUAACUCCAACAACAACCUGGUGAACAACAACAGUAUUAUUGGCAGCAAUAAUAAUAUGUAUAUCAACGGGAAUGGCUUUGAGGGGCAGCAGCGUGCUAUUUGUGAAGGCAAAUAUGGAAAGCUGCAAACGAUUGGCGGUAAACAUCAGGUCCCUCAGCAAUUCGGAACCAAUGGAGCCUAUUACGAGCAGCACAACAGUAUCAACAACAAUCUGGUGUACGGCGUGAACAAACAUCCACCUCAGCAGCCAGGCCAUCUGAAAUCGGCCGGUCCCCGGUCGCCUCCACCCCCAAUUCCUCCCUCAGCCAAUAACAACCCAGCUGGUGUCAAGAGUAAUCGCCUUAUUACAAACCGUAUCGUCGGUGGCAAUAACAAUAACAACAACAACAAUGGAUUCGAAAUAUGCCCAGCAAAUAGUGGCGGCGGAAAUACAAACCAAACUGUCGGCGGCGGCGGCGGCGUCGGCAGUUCAACAUUAUCGAGCUUUGCAAACAAAUUCCACAAAUUGACUGGCAGCGGCGGCCGGAACUCUUUCGAUGCAGCUGCCACCAAUAGCAAACUAAAUCAUGUUAACAACAACGGCGCGUCAUCUGGUGGAGGAGGCCCGCCGGUCAUCGUUCACCACCAUCAGGCAUCGUUGUUGGGCCCGACAUCGCAGCACUGCAAAAAUCAGCACCCAGCACCUCUGCCCAGUCAGCAGUAUCAGCACAACAGCAGUAAUGGCGGAAGCAACGGUAGCAGCAAUGGUCACCACCCGCACCACGGUCACUCCCAUCCGGUCGGGCAUCACAAUACACUUUCCUCGCCGGAGAGUGCUUACUCCACCGGAUACUCGACCGAUGGUACGUCGCCUGGUGGUUGUUCCUACGCGCCCGAGUAUUACAUCAACAUCCGGACCGGGACCCACUAUUUUCCCAAAGGGCUUACCGGAUGCAGCGGGAUCGGCGUGGGAGGAUUUACUGGUGCGGGUGGUGGAGGAUGUGGCGUCGGCGGCGGACACGACGGCAACGGUACCAGCAAAUUCAAAUGUGGACUGAACCGUAUCGAGGAGAAGCAUGUCGAGUUUGCUGUCGAUGAGAAGCCGUGUCUUUCUCCGUCGCGACAGUGCACCAGCGAGUCGUAUGAUUUGGUGAAAGCUCCGGCUGGCAAGAGCUCCACCUCCAACGGAAUGGCAAUCUUGAAGAACAGCAGCAGCAACAACAACAGCAACAAUGGCGCCUUAUCGCAGCAACAGCAUCAACCCGCGCCAAAUGCAGCGGCCGCCAUGCAGAGCCCUAUCAUGCAGAAGAACCUUGGUAUGCAGCAUUACCGGAGCAUUGAAUCACCGUCUCCAAGGCAGCGCUGUCGCAUCCGAACCAAUCCGUGGCUGACGACAAUAGACGGAUCGCUGGCGAGUGCGGGGUUGAAGAAAACCGACCAGGAUUCCGGCUCGACGACCUCGUCCGGUAUCAAGUCCAGCAGUGGCACCGAUGACAAUAAGAAAGAUUCCAAGAAACUCAACGCUCUGUCGGAUUCCGAUUCCAGUUCCUCGACGGAGAAGGUGAUUAGCAAGAAAAUGCUGACACCGCGGAGCGCUAAGAAGGGUGCCGCCUGUGACCUGUCUCGGAUGGACAGCAAAGCAACGACUUAUUGCUCCGCCCUGGACAGUGACGAGGAUGCGACGCUCAACGAGAUGAUGGGAAAAUUCGAUGAAAGCUAUCACUACGAGAAAGAGACUGACAUUUUGAGUUGCAGCGACUCAGAUCCAACCGAUUGUCCCUCGGAUAUUGAUACCGGUCAGGACGCUGGAGACGAGUGCGAUACCGAUGACCUGCUGGACCUGGACUUCAUUGAUACCGGAUCGGUGCAGGAGGUAACUGACAGGGAGAACUAUCGAAACACUGGCAGCUGUUCCUACCACAACUUCCCCGAGAGGCGUUCAUCGAAGCACCGUGGUCGAAGUAAACGCAACAGCGAAAGUGGUGGUUCGAAGAGACGGAAGAAGUUGGUUCGCACGAGGAAGAAGACGAUAGACUGUUCGAAUGGAGGAUCUGUACCGGAAAGUUUGUCGAUGAGCAGGGGCUGUCGAAGUCUUGGAGGAACUCCGGUUUCGCUGAGAAGGAAUCAAUCCGAGGAAAGAACGCCUACGCGAAAUGCUCCUCUAUCAAAUAGGUGCAAUUCGCUUACGUUUACUGAGGUUCACUCGUUACACAGUCGAAUACUGGCCAUCUCUGAAAGUGAAAAGCAACUACUCAAAGCAGAUUUAGAAGCAGACGUCAAGUACAAGCAGUUGAUCCAUGAGGCCGAAACGAUACUGUUUUCUAUGAAAACCAACAGUGUGAAGGAGUUGAAGGAAAUCAAAGAACCACCGACUAUUUGUAGUCCAAGAAGAAUCUGCAAUCCGCCUGCAAACAAACGCGUUGAAAUGCUUCGCAAUUGCGAAGCGGACCUCAAACGAGAGCUUUCAAAAACAUGUACCCAAAAAUGUGCGGAAAACGGUACUGAACUCAACCCCGUUGAAGGAAUCAUCAUCAACAAGAGGCUCGAAGUACUUCGCUAUGAAACUUCUAUCUCCGCGCCAAACAGCCCCAAAAAUACUCGCGUCAUUCCUCGAAAAACUCACGUUACCAACUUCAUCAACCAGAACCAUUGUCCGGAACUAUCUCGUCGCCAAAGUGACCAUGAAAAUGACCUCAAAAGUGCCAAAAUGUCCCCUCAUGCCACCAUCCAUGAACGGAACAUCGUUCCUCCGAAAUCGCCUGUCAUAACCAGGAGGCGAUUCCGCAGCCAGAGUCCAAAAAUGAACAUCGUAUCGGACUCCGAUUCGGACACGGACCUAAGUCGAAACCUCGACAAGAACCACUCCAAGUGCAAAUCCAACAAAGAGAACAUUUCCUCCGCGAGGAGGAGCAUUACAGGGAAACAGAUGAACAACUUUAGGCACACGAUACACGCGACAGGAUCGGCAUUGGGCGAGGAAUCCAGUUCCGCGGUGGUUCCUAGUAGUGGUGGUAAUACUGUGAUCUACUCGAGUUCACUGAACGAGAGUGACCUAAAGCGGGGAAUGCACAAGUCACCGCUGAUGUCUUUCCGAUCGGUUGACAUCGGCAAUACGCUGACGGACGACAGCUACUGUCCUCAGAGCGAACCGCUGAAGCGCAAGAUCUACAGCGGAAGCUCUACGUUCGAGAAGAUACAGCGGAGUUUGGAUGCGGAUCCAGAGCUGUCCAAGAAAGCUUUGCUGCACAAAAUCUCCUUGCUGCGACGCGAGCGCCAAGCCAAAUCGAAACUGGAAAACGCCAGUAACGCCUCCCUCAACGCGGGACACGAACCAGGUAACGCCACCACAAAAUGUGCCAUAACACUAACAGCUAACGGCGAUAAAGCUCCCUUCGCAACGAACGAGGAGAUAACGCUCAGCGAUGCGACCACCACCGGGUGCGAUGCGGAAACGAAACAGCAGUUGAUCAUGGAUACUCUGGCCGAUAUCAAGCGGAGUCUCGAGGAUCAAAGCGUCGAGCUGAACGAGCUCAACGAUUCGGAUAAUUGAGGAAGUGGUGUACGCAUAGCGGGCGGGUGUGCUACUGCGGGUAUGAUGAAUACGCACAUACGCCUGCCGGGUAAAACACCCUGUAAUUACACCAUUAAUCGAUUGACUGCCUGGUUGAUUGGGAAGAAAGAAUCCUGAUUGCAGAACGUUAAGUUUAUGUGGGUGUUUAUUUGGUGUAUUGAUUCAGUUUUUCUAACUGUGACGUCUUCUAGGUUCAAAUCUUACCAGAGUGUUGAUCAAAUCAAUGCUUCCAAGUGUAUAGAACAAUUUUUUAUGCGAUUCGAAACUCUUCUAGACAAAACAUACAAUGAAUUUAUUAUCGUUAGACUAUUAAUAGUUCAUUAUUUACUAACAGCCAUGUGAAGUGAAGAAAGUUCGUCGUAUUUUUUCAUUAAACUUUAAGUGGAAACCUUCCCAUAACUUAAGCAAAAUUGUUCCAUCCGUAUGUAAAGCUAAAAAUCGGCAU